ACAUCAACUCGGGGUGUGGUCUGUCCUGUUUAUGGCGGAAUUAUCGCAUUCGUGAAGCAAUGAAAAGUCACGUUGAAGACUUGUACUGAAAUAAGCGGGAGGGCUGGUUUCUGGCCAGCCAAGAAGUGUGGGGUAAUUUCUAAGGCUCUAGGGCCAACAGUUUAGUUGAUGAAUGGACAACAGUACAACGAGAAAAGCACAUCGUCUAAUUAUUUAAACCGAUAACAAACCAAGGGACCCGUUAGUUUUUAUGUUGGCCCUCCUGAACAGCGGGUGGCGCUGUGGUUGAGUCUGCGCGUGAGGAAGAGAAAAGGCGGGUCUUAGGAGAAACGGAAGUUAUCAAGAGGAGGACUCUCAAAAAGGGGUUCAAUUCUACUGCUUCGCUUUAAAAGCAGGUCUUUUACAAUGGUGAAAAUUUUUGUGGGAAAUCUGCCCCGAGAGGCAGACCAGGAGCAAAUUAAGGCGCUCUUUACCGAGUACGGCACAGUCACAGAAUGCGCCAUCAUCAAAAACUAUGCCUUCGUCCACAUGGAUGAUCGCAAGGCUGCCACCAAAGCUAUAAAGAGUCUGCACCUCUACAAGCUUCAUGGCACACCAAUCAACGUGGAGGCCAGCCAUGGGAAGGGCCAGGGAGCAGUCAAACUGCAUAUAGCGAAUGUAGAAAAGGGAGCCGAUGAUGAGCUCCGUGCUCUCUUUGAGGAGUACGGAACCGUCACGGAAUGUGCUAUUGUCAAGAAUUUUGCUUUUGUACAUAUGUCCAAUUCUGAUGAGGCCAUGGAUGCUCUUAAAGGUCUGGACAACUCGGAGUUCCAAGGUAAACGCAUCCAUGUCCAGAUCUCCAAGAGUCGCCCCAGACACGAUGAACGGGAGGACUACCCUCCUCCUCCCCCAGAUAGAGUUGGUUAUUGGCCUCCUCGCUAUCCAGGAGAGAGGCACGAGCCUCCCCCGCCCAACUACAUGAGAGGUCGCCUAGGUCCUAUACCCCCAGGUUACCCAGCCCCUCCCCUGCCUCCCCCUCCCCCUAGACGAGCUGUUUAUCCUGACCGUCCCUAUGAUGGCGAAAGGGAGAGAUAUGGCGUAGUAGAUUACUAUGAGAAGUACAGAGCUCGGCCGUACGGCAUUGCCGGCUUCGAAGACCAGCGUCCUGGCGCCCCUCCGCCCCCUCCUCCACCCGCAGCCGUCGUCCGAGACCGACUUAUGCCCACGUCGCUUGACCCAUAUGAGCGUCGGCCCCUCCCACCGCCUCCGUCUUCAUACUUCGCCCGAGAUCGCAGUCCCCUCAGAAGAGCACCUACGCGCCGAUGCCCCCGGCCAGUAAUGGUUACAACUACGAGCGAUCACGUCUUUCUCCGGUUUCCCGGGUUCCACCAUUUGUUCCACGUCCCAGGGACCCCUACGCAGAACGGCUGCCUCCGCCACCACCUGCACGCUUCGCUUAUUAGUCCCAGCAUGUUAAGGAUCGUCGUCCAAAUGCGUCGCCGCUCGCUGACCCCUGAUGUACGUGACACUAUCCUCUUCCUGUCUGGCUGAGCGCGUUAUAUUCCCCUGAGGUGCUCGCUCGAGGAACUGCGGCGUCUACGUCUGUUAUUGGUUUUUAUUAUUUUGGGACAGUUUUUACUCCGUGAUUCUUCCUCAUUAAUUCAGUUUCCCACUGUGCUGUAGUUUUUUAAUGCUUGACGUCAGGGUUAGGCGUUUUCAUUCUUAAUUUGUAUCAUUUAAAUAGUGUUCUGAUGUUGUUUGUGACCGUAGUAUGCUGACUGCUUUAAGCAGCAGUUACUAGGCGAUACUUGUGACUUUGUAGAUUUAAAAGAAUUGAAACAUAUAAAAAAAAAAUCUCAUGUGCACGUUUGUUCCAUCAUGUUAAACCUUUCGAAAACCAAACCUCCUCAUGCCGUUGCUGUGAAACUUAAAUCUAGUAAAAACAGGAGUGACAAAUGUAGUAAAUAACUGUUAAUAGCACAACUACCCGAAAAGCGUAAACAUGUACCUUGUCAGGUGUCGUAUUUUUUUUUUUUAAUAAAACGAAUUUGUGGAGUGUUCCCAGAUGUGCUCAAAGUCAUGCCCUGCGCCAAAACCUCAGAGUAACCGUUUGCAUUGAAUCGGAUGCUCUCGGAACCUUGCAAAACAUUAAAUGCGUUUAUAACAUCACGUAAAGCGCUAAACCUAAAACCGUCUCGCUGAAAACUGUAGCUUUGGUAAAUGUGGGCUCAACCGCUGACUGAACUCGAAUAGUUAAGGUUUCGUAGCUGAGGCAAGUUUACCCUCAAACUGGGGCGAUGACGUCAGACGCUACUGGAGGCCUUCAUAUUGAACAGGUAAGUCAAGGGGCUUUAAGGGCUACUGAAGUAGAACCUGAUGCACAUACGAUACACAACAUUAAAAUGUUUUGAUAGGUAGCAAGUUUAUGACUGGAAAUAAUGCUAUUAGAGAUGAGCUCUUUAUGAGGUAAUAGCCAUUGCUUGUCCAAACAGCUAGAAAUCUACUUCUCUAUCGACAGUAUUUACAAGGUAACAUUUUAAAGCUGCAUGUGUAUUUGGAUUUCUUGAAAAUUGCUGUAAGUUUACCAUAACCUUACAUUAAUUAAGACUGAGGAAAGCAUUUUUAAAAGAAUUUGAGUAAACCCAUAGAAAUAGAAUGAGUUUGUUUUAACUGAUAUUUAAGAAGUUGUGAAGGACAAGCAAAGCUGACCGUUGAUUUGUGUUUUGUAUUUUUGACCUACAUAAAUAAAACAAUUAAAAUGA